GAUCGAAAAAGUCCUCACAAAGAUCGAUACCGUAGGUAGAUCUUCUGUUGCCCUUUGUUAUUGCUGUUGAGGACUCGACUCCAUUAUCGACACUUACCUUUAUAAUAAUAGAGACAGAUUUGUGUUGUGUUACUAUAGCAUGACUGGCAACGGAGAGUUACAGAAGGAUGAGGGCAGAUUGUCGAAUGGGCAAGAAGAGGAUCCCUUGCUAAUACACGUACCCGCCACUGGUUCCACCGUCAUUGAGGAAGAUUUCCUGUACGAUUCGACCAAAGAUUCAGCAUUACUAGCACAAGACAAGGAAGAGAAUGGCGAUGGCGAUGGUGGAGUAAUAUUAUCGUUGGAGCCAGAGCUCUUGCAUAUCUGGGAAAUUCUCUGCAUCCUGUCUACGGCAUUCUCUUAUGGGUGUAUCUUGACCACGCUCUUCCUCAUCACAUUGCCGGUGGAAUGCCAGAGAAUAGAGUCUGAACAUGCAAGCAUUGCCAAAUCCGUGGCUCUGGGUGCCUUUGUGGCCAUUGCAGGAGUGACACAAUUGGUCAGCCCACUAGUAGGAAAGAUAUCGGAUUCCUUCAAACCACCACCACCCCAUGAUAUUGGCCAACGUCUACCAUUUCUGGUCUUGGGCAGUGUCAUGACGGUCUUUGGAUUGCUAGGACAAAUGUUCGCCUCGUAUCGAUCCUUCUGGGUCAGAUACAGUGUGGCUUUCUUUGCACACAUGAUUGGACUCAACAUCAUGUACGCAAUGAUGCUCGCAAUGAUACCAGAUCAAGUGCCAUCCUCACAAACCGGAAUUGCCAAUGGCAUUCUGGCAGCAUUGCUCGUCACGGGAUCACUUUUCGGAUUUGGACUCUUUCAUGGAUUCCUAAGGGAAAACAUUCAAGACAUGUAUGCACUUUAUACCUGCAUUGUCAUUGUCUCUUCCAUUGCAACGGGCAUUUACGGACAUGACAGGGAUGUCGAAAUUGCUCUCAUUCGAACACAACCCUUGCUUCCACCAACAACUACAACUGCUAAAUCUAGUACGCGACAACAACAAAAUGGACAAGGUACGCCACAACAACAGCAUCCAAUCAGCAGAAGAAGAAAAUUCAUGAAAUUAGCACGCAAAGUAACCAAAAAAGUCGUGGCUACUCCUGCCGUGAUUCUCAGAUCCAUGCUCAUUACACCAGUCCAAGAAUUGAGCUGGUACGCAAUAUAUCAGUCAUACACAAUUGAUAUGGAAAAACACAGUGACUUCUUUUGGGUCACAGUGUCACGAUUGUUUUACUACUGUGGAAUGUCCGUGCAAACCUUUUUCAUGUACUUCUUGCAUGAUAUCAUACUACUCAAAAAAGAUCCGGAAGGAGCUGUGGCAACCCUCUCCAUUAUUGGACAAAUUGCGGGGGCAUGCACAUGUGUUCCAGUGGGAAUUGCUUCCGACAAACUCUUUGCCGGAAAACGAAAGCCAUUUGUGCACUUUGCCUGCUUUGUCCUGGCUGCGACAACCUUUUCCGCAAUCUUUGCACGGACUAUGCAUGGCAUGGUGCUCAUCAUGAUCUUUCUGGGCGGGGCCAAUGGAAUUUACCUUACCAUGGAUACUUCUCUCGCGGUAGAUACAUUGCCAAAAGAAUUCGACGGAGAGAGUGGCAGUGCACAGCUCUUGGGAAUAUGGGGUGUCGCGGCUUUUCUGGGCUCGGCGCUGGGACCCAUGAUUGGAGGUCCGGUGCUGUAUUAUGUGGGGAGGCAACAUUCUGAUGAAUCGGAAACCACGACAGCGAACGACGAUACCAACACGGAUAGUGAUACUGCUACUGAUACUACGGGAUACAGCUUGGCAGGAUAUGCUGUGGUACUUUCUCUCGCUUCUUUUUACUUUUUGUUGAGCAGUUCUGCGCUUCGAUUCAUUCGUCGAUAGAUCGGAAAGGAAUGCUUCGGGUGACUCGGUGCAAACGCCGACACAUCAAUCAGCAAGAUUUCCGCAACAUAGGAUUGGACUUUCAAUAAAGGAUUCUCUGGUGCCUUUUAGGAUUGGAAUGAAUCUUUCGACGCCCACUGCCAGACAAGCCCAGACGACGUAAAGGUCCAGUGCAAGUUUUGCAGCCUGCGCAACGUGGACAUCUUCGAGGGCUUGUAACAUGAAUUGAUAGGGUUCGACUGUCACUCAGCCUGUUUUCUCAUGAAUCGAAUCGGAUGGUGGCGGCAGCAGAAGAAGCUGGCGAUGCAACAACCGAAUCGGACCAGUUUCCAUAAUAGCCACGGGUGCACAUCCACACACAGUAAUGAUACCGGAGUUGUGAUAUCGAACCAAAAGUCAUGUUUUGCUUUCUACCAGUAACCGUAGCAGCUUCAGGUCGUAGUGCUUGGGUAGCUAUUAUGCCUGAGUCUAGCUAUAGUAGAGUAGGGAAGUUGUCUAAGGAAGCGGACCGGGUGCCAGGCUAGCUUAUAAGUUAUACUAAGUCUAGACUACUAGCCAGCUAGCUAAUAGGCAAACAAUGGCGGAAUUCGCGGCUUGAGGUUCUGGCGUGGAGGGGGGACAAACGGAGGGACCCACACUGGAGCCACAGGGC